AUGGCAGAUGAUGGGGAAGACGUGACGCCAUUUUGGGUAGAGAGCUCCGCCAAUCGACGCCGCCGCAGCGGCGUCCGUCCGUCCUCACUCUUCCUCAACUCUGGCGUCCUGCUCUUCCUCCUGUGUUUAACUGCAGUAUUCUUCUUGGUCGUCGUAGUUCCCUCAAUUGUCUCUUCCACAGCCAAGAUCUUCAGGCCCAAUUUGGUCAAGAAAAGCUGGGAUUCCAUCAACUUGGUGCUCGUUCUCUUCGCCCUCCUCUUCGGCUUUCUCAGUAGGAACAGGAACUACGAUUCCAGCUUCGAUCAAGAUCACAGUCGGACUGUUUCCAGUAAUGAGGUUCGGAAGUCCAGCUCCUCGACGGUUUAUCAGUGGUAUGGAGAUUCCGACCGGAUGGUGGAUAGUUACGCCGCAGUCGGAAAGUUGCGCCGGACUUACAGCUCCUACCCAGAUCUGCGUGAAGUCUCGCCGUUGGACGUCACCGCGGAUGAUCGCUGGAGAUUUUCCGAUGAUACACAGGUGGAUGCCUUCCGGUACGCCGACUCCGAUCAGCUCCAUCGGCGCCGGAGCUGGAAACGGGCCCAAGAGGAAGAAGAAGACAAGGAUGCAUUUGAUAACAGCAAGACUAUUCACGUUGAUACAUUGGUGAUUCGUGCCAGGGAAGCUUCGCCGUCUUCUCCGCCGCCGCCGGCGUCGGCACCGCCGGCUGUUCGUCGGAGAACGAGGCGUGUGUCUGAGAUGGAAGAGAAGGAGAGAGUAGAAGAACCAAUGAAAUUUGAGUCGCUGGCGGUUCCGUUGACGUAUCCACCGCCGUCGCAGCCCGUUGUUCGUCGGAAACCUAAGAGGACAUACGAAAGUGUUGCGCAUAAAGAGAAGAGAAAUGAGGAACUGAAGAAUGAAUCAGAGCCCGUGGAAUCUGCAACUUCACCGAUUGUGUUGCCUACGACUUCGCCGCCGCCGGCGACUUCUUCGGAGAAGAGCAGCAAAAGUGACCGGAAAAGAGGUGGCGCAAAUGCGACUAAAGACUUCUUGACCUCACUCUACCACCAAGGCAAGAAGAAGAAGAAGCGAAGGCAAAAGAGCGUCGAAAGUUUCGAAACCCUAAUUCAGUCUCAAGCUCAUACUCCACCGCCUCCUCCUCCUCCUCCUCCGCCGCCGCCGCCACCUUCAGUCUUCCACAAUUUGCUCUCAUCUAAGAAGGGCAAAGGCAAGAAAACCAUCUCGGUCCCUCCCCCGCCGCCCUCGUUCACGGCGCCGCGUGCAUCAAAAACCCUAGCCCAAAAUUCAACUCUCGCAGCUAGUAAACCUCCAUUGCCGCUACAGGUAACCAGUUUCAGCAGCGUAGAGGAGAGCUCUAACAGCGGCGGCGAGUCCCCGCUGAACAGUGGCCGAUUGCCUCAUAUUCCGAUUCCGCCGCCGCCGCCCCCGCCGCCGUUCAAAAUGCCGAGCUGGAAGUUUGUGGUGCAAGGCGAUUACGUAAGGAUCGGGAGCAUGAACAGCUCGCGAAGCGGGUCUCCGGAUCUCGACGACACAGAGUCCCCCAGGAGUGAUUUCUCGGUCGAGUCCGGGGGGACUAUGACCGCCGUUGAUAGCGGCGAAGUGGCGGCGCUGUUCUGCCCGAGCCCAGACGUGAACGCCAAAGCCGACAUGUUCAUAGCCAAGUUCAAGGCUGGGCUUAAGCUUCAGAAAAUCAAUUCCAUCAAGCAAAAACAUGGGCGGGGCCCGUCAACUCUCGGCCCAGAUUCAAAGCCCGAAACAGGCCCUAGUCCAAUUUGA